UAAGACUGAUUGGGUAGGUUGCAGUAAUAGAAAAAAUAGAGCUGGACAAAGUGACAGCUUACUUAGUCAACAUACUUAUAUGGAAGUUCAUGACCAUAUGGUUUCUGAAUCUGAAGAUGCAAUCUACGUCCCAAUGAAUAUUUUUCCUGCUAACCAAGGUAAUAUCAGUGAAAAUGGAGAUGACAUGACAGUUGAAUAUGGGCAAACCCAGGAUAUGCUUGAAGGCGAUGAUGAAGAUGAUGAGAGCUAUAUAUUAUGUGGACGAGAAAAUGGACAGGUUCUGAAUAUGCGUCCUAUCAAGAACCAAGCCGUGCAAUUCGUGAAACACAAGCUGAUCCAUAUGAUCACAUAUAUCAGAAUUUACCAAGUGGUAAUCAUGUCUUGGAGGCAGUACCUAAUUGCAACCAUUGCGGCGCAAAAAGGUUUCAGUAUGAGAAACCAACAUUUUGUUGUAUGGGAGGCAGAGUCACGAUAGUA